UGUCAUUUUUGUUUGAUGUUGUAUACGAAGAAUGAUGAUCAAAGAGUAAAUUAACUAUAUGGGAAAUGAUGAUACUGGUACCUAGGUAUCUACGUACCUACCGUACCAUAUUUUUGUGACUUGUGUUAUUUUUCGCAGAAUUACGGGGCUUUCUGCACCAAUAAAACAGACGAGGAAUCACGCGUUUUAUUACAUAGAAAGUUGUCCUUUUUCCUGAUCAUAUUUAUAUCGCAAAAUGAGUGCACCGGAUCACGUUCAAAUUAAAGAUUUGAAAGCUGGCAUGAAGAACAUCAACGCCGUUUUUAUAGUUUUGGAGGUGGGUCCGCCAACACUGACUAAGGAGGCGCGAGAGGUCCGCACGCUGCGAGUCGCGGAUGCGUCCGCCUGCGUGAACCUGUCGGUGUGGGACGAACCCGGCGCCCUGCUCCUACCCGGGGACAUCGUGCGGCUGACGCGGGGUUACGCGUCGCUGUGGCGCAAUGCUCUCACUCUCUACUCGGGCAAAUCGGGAGACAUUCAGAAAGUGGGGGAGUUCUGCAUGUUGUUCAACGAGCAGGUGAACAUGAGCGAGCCGCAGCCGGCUCCGCCCCCCUCUGCGCUCAAUGCCGCGCCGCCCGACCGCUCUAACGGCGCGCACAAUGCGUCCCGCGGUCACCAACCUCCACAACAACAGCCGCUGUCUACCCCGCAGCACAACACAAAAUCAGAUAGAUUUGGACCCAACUCUCAAGACAAUAAACACACACACAAGACCUAUGUGCGAGGCCGGGGGCACCAGCGAGGGAACAAUCGGAGAUAACAUUUUGACAACCUGUAGCUAGUAUUAUAUAAUUGUUGAGACUGAUGUGUGAUGGAGAUGGAGCUGUUACAACUUUGAGUAGCUAACAAAUUGAUAUUGAUUCUUUUUUUACGGAUUUAGUUUUGAAUCACUUCCAAAACAGAAGUCAGUGCUCAUCACUGUUUUCUAUGCAUCUAAUGAUAGACUAAAAUGUAUAAAAACUUGAAUUUAGGUAUUAGGAUUAGGAUUAUAGAUUAAGGAGUGAUGAUAGAUAUUACUUUCAUAAAUAGUUACUUCCUCAUUGAUGUAUAGUUUGAAUUUUGAUAAUUUUCCAGAUAUCUUAGGCUAGACAAUGAAAGGCCUGUUCACCUUCCACUCCAUGCAAUAUUAGUAAGAUAUUAUAAACUGAAUUUUAUAACUGUGAGAUCAUGUAUUUAAAAUGUACAUUUUGUUUUGUAUGUAAAUGUAUAUUAUAGAACAUACAAGCUUAGAUAUCGUGAAUACAGCCAUAACUUACACAACUAA